UUCCAGUACAGAAGGUGAAUGUUGAAAUGUCUGUAGAAGAUAAAGUAGAUCAUGAUGAUGAAACAGAGAAAGAUCCACUGUGUGAAUGUGAAGAUGAUUCUCAUGUACAACACUUACCUGAUACAUUAGAUAUGACAGAUAAGGUCAGACUGAAGAAGAAAAAACCAAAAGCAGCUCAGCCAAAAGAGUUGUUCCCAGUGAAAAAUGCCGGAAAUACUAAAGAGAAUACUCGCUCCCCAUUAUCAACACGUACCAUCGAUAUGAACUCUCCAGCUAAACUUGUACAGAGAAAGCAAAUCAAAGACUUGGAUAAGAAAAUGACCUGUUCACAGGAGAACUCGUUGUCAAGGUUUAUUGUUAGAGAUAAAGAGAACAUGUGA